AUGAUCAAAGCCAAGGCGGAAGAAGAAGAUAGCCAGCCGCUAAUGCCUUCAACAACUAUGGGGCGACACACUCAAGAGGAGAGAAAGAGUACCUCGCUAUGGUGCAACAGCGUCAAGAGAUGGACAUUUUUAAUUAUAACCGUCGUAGUCGGUUUGUUCGAUUUGGUAACAGACUGGCAGAAUUUCAUAAAAUACGCGUCCCAGCCGGAGGAUCUAAAGGAAUUCGGUUUAACUGUAGCUGUACUUUAUUUCCUCUUUUGCUGUUUCAUUGGAGCAGGCAUUUAUUUCUGGGCUGUUUGGUUAGCUUUCCGAGAAUUUAAAGGUAACUUUGACGAGGAGAUGCUUAGUCAAGAUGCAAAAUUGCGAGAUCGGGUUUAUAAAGAAAAAAUGUAUCUUUCAUUGUCGACAAUAAUUCUGGUAAAUUUUCCCUGCUUUCUUCUGAAUUUCUUCAUUAUUUACUGCGACUCGCCUGAAAAUGUCGAUAGACCAGCUUUUCACCUCGCUUCUUGGCAAACUCUGGCUGUCGUUUCGUCUCUUGUGAGCGUUAUCAUUUCAAUUGCAAGGUUGCUCUGGCUCAAUUACAUGUAUUGCAAGAUAUUUGGCUGCUUACGAAAGGGCGCUAUAUUGUCAUCUUGUUGUGUAUGGGUGAACAACGUACUGGCGUAUAUGGCUUUGGCAGUAAUGUUGUAUUUUUUCUUCGGUCAGUUUAUUCCGCUGAUCAUUUCGUUUCAUGUUCGUCAGGGUAAGGUAUCGAAUGGGAAAAACCUAAAAACCGUAUCAGUUACGAAGACAUUUACAAUUACACUCCACCAAGUCUAUUACUAUGGCAACAGCACGACCUUUAAAGAACGGCAGAUUAAUGAUACCCUGUUCAAUGGGGUGUUCUCAAACGACUUGAAAGCAAUGAAAGGUAAGGGGAUUGUUGUAAAGCAGAAUAGGAAAUGUUCUGAUAUCUUUUAUCACGUAAAACCAGUGAUCGUAAAAAGUUACAAAUGGAAUCCCAAGAAGAAAAAAUUCGAAAAUUCGAGUACAGACUACUAUUGGCAAUGGAAAGGCACAAAUUGCUCGGCUACGAUAAGCAACCAUGGGGAGAUCCUCGUCACUUCUUGUAAACCUGUUUGGUAUGAAAUCAAGCCAGUUUGGUGCAAUUUUACGUACAGAAUUGUUUACGACCGGAAGAAGUUUACAACCUCUUGCAACGUGGCAAAUUUGACCGAGAACACAUGCGCACCUGUGAGUAAACACUGGAUCACUGAUGUGCUUAAUGAAACCGGUUCAACCGGAAAGCACUUGAGUUACUGCGAAAUGGCGUCAAGGAAAUGGAAACCGGUUUGGAAACCUGAUAUUUCUGUAUGCUAG